AUGUCGAGUUCUCAAGCCAUUAAAGCUGCCGGCCAUGUCUGGCUCUCUGGCCAGAUCCCAGCGGAUUCGCAGGGCAAUCUGAUCACCGGGUCUAUGGCGGAUAAGACGCAAGCCAUCAUCAGGAAUACGGAAGCAAUUCUCGAGGAGGCCGGGUCUAGCCCGGACAGGGUUGUCAAGGUCGUGGUGUAUGCAAAAGAUGCUAGCAUCAUGCCGGAAUUCUCCAAAGUGUACAACCCAGCCUUCCCUCAUAAACCUGCUCGGUCCAUGGCAGAGGUGUCUGAACUUCCUGCUGGGGUGGAUAUUCAGGUUGACUUUAUUGCCGUUGUAUAG